CAGCAUCCUACAGGGUAACAUUUUGAAGAGGAUAAGUGUCAUCUAAUGCAACGGGUGCAUGGGAAUGGAAAACUUAAAUUAAGACUGUUUGUCGCGAUGAGCACUGCCGCCGCUGUAGGAUUUAUCGUCGGCUUAUUAUUGAUGACCUUGAUCACAGCCCAACAGAACGUCUCAUUUCUGAAUGGACUUCCGGAAAACUUCACGUCGGAUGGCGCCAUCGAUGUGCAGUACACGUCGUGCAAAGUCAUCACCGACCGUAUUGUAGCAACCGCCGAGGGAAAGUUUUCACGUUUUUGUCAUGGCAUUUGCAACAUAAACGAGACAAACACAAGGUUGCACCGCAUCGAAUCGUUAUUAACAGCAGAUGCAGAAAAUAUAAAACAACGAUUGUUUUACAUGGAACGUGUUUUGCUAAAAGGACAAAUCAUAAGCAAAGCCGGUGACAGUGACGCGUUAGAUACUGGCAGACUCCGGGAAAUCGGUACGUACAACGGUACAGUGUUCACCACUGAUGAUGGCCACGCAUUCGGCAGUGAUCGGCCACGGGGCGCGACCACCGCGUUCGUUUACUACUGGCGCGUGGACGCGUUCUGGCGGUUGUCGUUCGCCGCGGACGGCCUGGCGCACAGCCCACCGUUUUAUGUGUCACCGCGCAGCUACCGGAUCUUGCUGACCGUCCGCUCAGAUGUGACGGCCCGGACCGUCCGAGUGGCCGCCGUGCCGGCCGCCGGCGAGUACGACGCCCAGCUCAGGUGGCCGUUCGCCUAUAGGCUUCGGCUCAGUGUGCUCGACCAGACGGACAUCGGGCCAGAGGAUAUCGUGUCCCGCGUCUGGGACGACGUUCGAUGCAACGCCGCACCACCUCCGUCGCCGACGCCGCACCACAGCCCACAACACUACCGCCUGCAGAACCAGCCGCCCACCGAAAUCGUCUGCGCGUCCAUGGAGUUCCGGCACGACGUGCUGACGUACAGACGUUACACGGCUGGUGACGCGCUCGUCGUCAAGCUGACGGUGUUCUUGUAGUUGAAAUAGCUGUGGACGUGGACAUCUGAUCCAUGCGAUUCAAAUUCCAUCCCUCCUCUCUCUGAAUGUUUUUCCGUUUUAUUUUUUUCCACCUCGAUCCGUGCUACACAUUCUACCCGACCGAUCACUUUUUUUUUUUUUAAUUCGCAGUUUAUGUACCAACCUAACUAUAAUAUUUAUUACAAUAAUAUUACCCCGUUUACAUACGAACAUAUUAUUACGCCGGGUUUACACCCGUAUGGUGUCGUGUGCAUUUUAUCGUAUUCUGAGUGGCCAUUUCAACCAUAGUGUCAUUUACUACGCACAUGAUCUAUUAGAACUUUCAAUAGUUCGGUCCGAAUUCGACUAUAUUGGAUACGGCUGACUUUUAAACGACAAAGUAUUUGGUGAUUUCCCAAUUACCGMUGUUUCGUGUACUAACUACUCGUAUAACUGCUUACGUGUGUGGUAUGUGAUCUAUACCGUUGGUUUGUGUUUCAAUAAUAGGUAAUAGCAGACUGUUAAGUCCGGGAUAUCCAAGCAUCAUUAUGACUAUCGUAUUAUUCAUUAUUUUAAAC